CAGGUUCACUGUUCCGAGUUCAUGGAGUACCCAGAGGUGGAGAAUCUUCAUGAUUUCUACACCACUGAGGAGCGAUAUGUCCACACCCAGGACCAGCGAGGGCUGUACGUGGUGUACGACGUGGCUCUGAAGGACCUGGAGGAGCUGGAAGACACACUGACUCUUCUGGGCUCACACUACAUCCAGAGGAGUAGUUGGAGGGUCAAGGGCCAGUCUGAGGGAGGCAGGGUCAAGGGUCAGUCUGAGAGGUCACAUAGCUCUGCAACGACAGACCUCCACUCUUCCUGGGCUCAGACAGAUGUGGAUAGAGUUGCAGUUCUCCUAGACCUGUGGACAUGCGAAGCUGCUUUUUUGGAGAGCAAAGUGCAGCUGUUGAACUGCUAUAUUGAGGCCUACCAACAUGUGACAGGACCAGAAGAGAGGUUCUCCUUGGCUCAGGUCAUCACAGACAUCAUGCACAGGAGGCCUCGGCUACACCUGGACAUGGGAGCAGAGUACUUUGUUCAGGCCUACCGGGCAGAGAUGGUCUGUAUGCAGACACACCAGCAACUCAUCAGAGCCGUGCUGGAUAACCAAAUAGAUCGUCAGCGGCAAUACCUCCAUCGGGUGUGGAGAGGAGGUCAGGGACAGGGAGCUACUCCUUGUGACUAUGGUCUUCCUCCUAACUAUGUGGCCAAACAUCUGGUGUCCCUCGGUGGUGGCAGGCAAGUCCUAGUUCUACCCAUGAAUUAUAGACUGAUUACAGUGUAAUGUGAUAUCACCUCAAAACAGACUAACAUGUUAAACAGUAUAAAUGAAUAGCUAAUAUAAAAAUGUGUGCGCACACCCCUGCCUGUCUGUUCUCUUGCUACCAGUCCCGCCCUGAUGAAUGUGUUCCUUCUGGAGGUGCACCACUCCCUAAGCCUGGCCUCUGAAAUGUACCAGGCCCUGACCCAGGCUCACACUGAGCUCUGCCAGCUCCACCGUGCCAGGGGGGUGACGGAGAGAGUCACCCUGGAACAGAGACUCCUACAGCGGGCUCUGCAGCACUGGCACUCCCUGGAUCCUCCCGGGGCCUACUAUAGCUCUCAAACUC